UCGAGGACCUUCGUAUUUCUUCUACUUUCUUGUAAUUUCAUUUGUUCUCUCGCUGGGCGGGUGCUUUCCCUGCGACCUGUCUCGUUGGGUUUUUGCUCCCUCCCCAGCCUCCCGAGCUCGUUGAAAAUUUUCUCGCAUCUCGUCAAUCAUUUCGCGGCUUCGUUUCUUUAACAGAACGACAGUAGUCCCAAAGAGGUGUGUCUAACUUGGAGGGCAAUCUUGAUAUAGUUUUGCUGUGAGACCAGAUACAGCAUGUAUUGCUCUCUUCCUAUGAUGAUUUGAACAAAUUGAGAAAGAGGUGGAAAAGGUCAUGAGGGAAGCAUAGCCAGGCAACUUCUAUAUCCUCUGUAAACCAUGGACUGCAACAAAGAGGAGGCCAUCAGAGCCAAGGAAAUUGCAGUGAAGAAGAUGAUAAACAAGGAUUUCAUGGGAGCUCGGAAAAUUGCCCUCCGAGCCCAACAACUUUAUCCAGAUCUGGAGAACAUAUCCCAGAUGCUUACAGUGUGUGAAGUACACUGUUCUGCUGAGCAGAGGAUAUUUGGAUCUGAGGUGGACUGGUAUGCUAUCCUUCAAGUUGAGCAAACAGCUGAUGAUGCAUCAAUUAAAAAGCAAUACCGAAAGCUUGCACUCCUACUUCAUCCUGAUAAAAACAAAUUUUCUGGGGCAGAAGCUGCAUUUAAGCUGAUUGGGGAAGCCCAGAGAGUACUUUUGGACCAGGCAACACGUUCUGCCUAUGACAUGAAGCGUAGAAACUCCAUGAGAACAGUUGUUGUGCCAAAGCAUCCCCAAUCUCAGGCAAGUAGAAACACUCCUGUUUGGAAACAACCUGGGGCUCAGAGCAAUUUGGUGAAUGGUGCUCACCCACAGUUCGCAAACUCCCAGUACCAACAGCAGCAGGUCCACCGAGUCUUCUCCAAUGGCCAGCAGACUUUCUGGACUAUGUGCCCAUCUUGUUGUGUAAAGUAUCAAUAUUACACAAACAUUUUGAACAAGGCUCUGCGUUGCCAAAGUUGCAAAAAACCCUUUGUUGCAUCCGAGUUAGAAGCUCGAGGUGUUCCUACAGGCAAUUGUUAUCGCCCUGUAUUUCCCCAACAGACAGUGGGGCUAGGUCAGGGUGCUCAAAACACAGGCCCACAAAGUACUGCUUGGAGUCCCCCUUCCAGUAUGGGAUUUCAAGGAAAUCCUGGUAGUGGCAUCCCUACAUCAGAAACGGUUCCAAGGACAAGAGGCACUUUUGAGGUUGGGGAGAAGUCUAAAACUACAUCAAAGGGAGAUGCAGAUGUAGAUAUGGGAGUUGGGGAUGAGGGGGGAAGAAGAUCUGUGUUUGCGGAACAAAAGACUGAUGAUUCAGGAAGCAGAAACAGGAAAAGAGGAAGGCAGAUCAAAGAGGAAUCAAGUGAAAGUUGUGACACUGAAAGCAGCACUGACACUGAAGUUAUAGAAGACAAUGGUCUUUCUGCCGCCCAGAAUGCUGGAGCUACUGAAGGCCAUUACCCACGGAGGUCUACUAGACAGAAGAAUAAGGUUGCUUACAAUGAAGAUACAAGUGAUGAUGAUGACUUCGUGUCCCCUCCUAAAAGGUCAAGGGGCACUUCAAAUGAGCAGAGCAAUGAAGAAUCUAAAUCCAAUAAGCAGGCUGGUUUUGCCAGUGAUCCUAAAGAGGUUGAGAAAAAGGAGCCCCCUCUUCGUGAAAACUUAGCGAAUGGAAAAGAUAAUGCCAAGGAGUGCAAAGAAAAUGGAAAAGAAGCAUCACCUGUGCAUGAUACCAGAGAAAGAUCAAAAGUUGAUGAUGAUUUUGAAUCAAAGACAAUCCAUAAGACCAAUCCAGAGCCUGAAUUCUUAAAUUGCCCUGAUCCAGAGUUCAGUGACUUCGACAAGCAUAAAAAAGAGGAUUCUUUUGCAGUUGAUCAAGUCUGGGCUAUCUAUGAUAAUUUGGAUGGCAUGCCUAGGUUCUAUGCUCGGGUUGUGAAAGUAAUUUCACCUGGAUUUAAGCUACGGAUCACUUGGCUAGAGCCUAAUCCAGAUGACCAAGAUGAGAUUGAUUGGACAGACGAGGACUUGCCCGCUGCGUGUGGCAAGUUCCAACUAGGAAAAAGUCAGUUUACUGAAGAUAAGCUUAUGUUCUCUCAUUUGGCUACUUGGGAAAAAGGUAGAAUUAAAGGUUCUUACAAGAUAUACCCUAAAAAGGGAGAAACUUGGGCACUUUUUAAGAACUGGAAUAUCAAUUGGAAAUCUGAGCCAGAUAAUCAUAGAGAAUAUGAGUAUGAAUUUGUUGAAGUCCUGUCAGAAUAUAACAAGGGGACUGGUAUUACAGUUGCAUUUAUUGCUAAGGUGAAAGGGUUUGUAUGCUUGUUCCAACGUACAACAAAGGAAGGUGUUAAUUCGUUCCAAAUACCACCCAAUGAAUUAUUUAGGUUUUCCCAUAUGGUACCUUCAUUUAAAAUGACUGGUAAGGAAARGGAAGAUGUUCCAGAAGGGUCAUUUGAGCUUGAUCCUGCUUCUCUGCCAAUUGGUCUGCAAGAGUAUGCUUGUGCAGAAGAUGCCAAAACAGAAAUUGAAAAUGCAGACGUGAAAUCCAAUGGUUCACGUCCUAUAUCUCCAGAGAACACGAGGCCCAUGACAAAUAGGUCUGACAUGAGGGAGAAGUGUAUAGACCCGGACAAGAAUAUUGCACUAGAAAGAGAGAAUUCAAUUAGCAGCCAUCGGUCUCAAGGUGGAUUGAAUGACAUCCGUAAGAAACCUAAUCAAACAAAUGCAGGUCAAUGUGCAAGCAAAGAAGAGAUUGYCAAGAAUUCUGAUUAUGUUGCUGAUGAGAAAGAGAGGAUUUCAGGUCCCAGGGACAAGAAUUCUGAUUAUGUUGCUGAAGACCCGUGUUCCUCUUCAACUUCAUCCGUAGAACCUUCUGAAAUUUCAGAUUCGGAAUUUUAUGACUUCCAAGCUGAAAAGUCCCAUGAGAAGUUCCAGCCCGGUCAGGUAUGGGCAUUAUAUAGCGAUGUGGAUGGCUUGCCUAAGUACUAUGCUCGAAUAAGAAAAAUCAAGUCUCCUCCAGAUUUUAAAGUGUACAUAACAUGGCUUGACGCCUGCCCACUACCUAAAGACAUGAUUCAGUGGCUUGACAAGGAGAUGCCUAUUUGCUGUGGUACCUUUAAGGUUCAAAAUGGGAAAUCUACUGCUUAUGAUGACACCUGUUCCUUUUCUCAUCAGUUGCGAGUUGAUACCUCUGGUAAGAACGGAUAUGACAUCUACCCAAGGAAAGGUGAAGUUUGGGCAUUGUUUAAGGACUGGAAUACUGAAUGGACAUGCUCUGAUCUGCCUAAUUGCAACUAUGACAUAGUAGAAAUCCUUGAGGACAAUGGUUUGACAACGAAAGUACUUGUCUUGGAACAGGUGGAUGGUUACAAGUCUGUUUUCAGGGCUGAAAGAAAAGGAGCAUCAGCUGUAACAAUGGAGAUUCCGCGGGUUGAGUUACUAAGAUUUUCUCAUCAAAUUCCAGCCUACCAGCUGACAGAGAGAGAAGGCAGAUUAAGAGGCUGUUGGGAACUCGACCCUGCAGCCUUGCCUUCUUAAUUUUUCUUCAGAUUGGGUUUUUGGACUGCAUCCAGCCGUCCAGCACAGACAUUUGUACUACUGCAAUGCCUCUGUUCCCUGAGUUCCCAUAAGAUUUUUGGAGAACAUUUUAAACGAUGACAAUAUUUUCUAUUUUUGGGAUUUGGGACAUGAUAGCUGAUAUACCCAAGUUAACUCAGCUCCUUUAUUAAUGCAUGCCGGAGCUCCGCAGGUUUCCAUUUGGGGCGUGCAUAUCAAGUCGGAGCUGUCUUCAGAAGCAUGGGCGGGCUCAGCCAGGAACAAGUUCUGGUCUAGAGUUUCAAGGGGAAGAAGAGACAGUGCCUCUUUUUUCCUUUUUGAUAUUUGUUUUUCUUUUCCUGUUUUGAUCCUUCAGGCCAACGAUGCAGCUUGGCAUCUUAUGUAAUGUAAUUGAUCAGCAAUGGGAUUAAUCUUUUAAACUCAGAUGGGAUGGACGAUGUUUGGUCUACUUGCUCUAUUCAGUUGGCAUCUUCUGUAAUAUACCCAUCCCUUGGCUACUCUUUGUUUCUAUUAGUAGUACGUUUCAAUUAAAAACUUUUGAAAUCAUGUAUCACCAUGCUAAUAUACCCAGUGCCAGAUAUGGUAAUUUUCC